CACCAUAUACACUUUGAUGCACGCGACAGUCGUAGAUGCAUCUCCAUUGCAAUGCAAAAAGUAGUUUUUUCACUCUGCUAUUUAAACCGUAUCCUGCUUAGCGCCAAGUUUUCCUAUUUGGGAUUGCCAAGACGGGUAAUUUUCUGCAUUCUGGCCUAUUAUAAAUAG